UGGCUUAGUGGUAAGGCAGUUAAAGAUUUGGACAGAGGAAGAACAACGAAAUUAGUAAUGACGAAUCUAUUGGCUUUGAGUCUUCUCUUGAGUACUUUACUAGCGGCGGAGGUAUGGUCUCCGACCCCAGUCAUGACUACCCACCCAACGGCGUCAGAGGGAGACGUCAUCGUCAAAGACGGUCACCGCGUUGUGGUGGUUGAGUACGACCGUGACGGGAAAACCAAUACUAGAGUCUCGAUCUCGCCUCCAUCGGCAGAUCAAGAAGGAGAAGAAGAAAAGGGAAGUUCUUUGUUUAAACAUGCUAAAGAGAGAGUGAAAGAAACGGCGUCGUAUUUUCCACACGUCGGCCAAGGGAUCUCGCAGCCUGUUAUUACGACGGAGGAAGAAACAGAGGAGGCGCGUGAUCAUCACUCGACGGCUGGGGAAGUCAUAUGCGACGCGUUCGGUAAGUGCAGGCAGAAGAUUGCGAGUGUGGUGGGUCGGGCUAAAGACAGAACCGCUGAUACUGUCGGUGAGACUGCUUCCGAUGUCGAAGACGCCGCCGCUCGCAAGGCUCACGAUGUGAAGGAGACCGUUACACACGCGGCACGUGACGUGGAAGACGAGGUGGCUGAUAAAGCCCACUAUGCGAAGGAGAAGGUAACAGAAAAAGCCCAUGAUGUGAGACAGAGUGUUGCUCAUAAAGCCCAUGAUGCUAAAGAAAAGGUGACGGAUAAAGCCCAUGACGUGAAGGAUACGGUGACUCAAAAAGCCUAUGAAACGAGGGAGAGGGCUAAAGAUAGAGUGAGGGAGAAGGCACACGAUUUGAAGGAUUCGGUGGCUCACAAGUCCCAGAAUGCGUGGGUGAGAGUUAAGAAUGCAUUGCGUGAAUUCGGGACAGCAGCUGCGGGGAUGCUAAGUCCGACGAAGAUAGCGAGCGUCGUGGGGCUGACGGCCAUAUCUGCGGCGUUUGGGACUUGCGUGUGGGUGACGUUUGUGUCAAGCUACGUUUUAGCGUCGGUGUUGGGGAGGCAACAGUUUGGUGUUGUACAGAGCAAGCUGUAUCCUGUUUACUUCAAGGCGACCUCAGUCGGAAUCCUUGUGGGUUUGUUUGGCCACGUGCUUAGCCGCCGGAGGAAACUGCUCACUGACGCCACGGAGAUGUGGCAAGGGGUUAACCUCUUGGCCUCUUUCUUUAUGAUUGAGGCUAAUAAGUCAUUUGUUGAGCCACGUGCCACCAAGGCGAUGUUUGAGCGGAUGAAGGCGGAAAAAGAAGAAGGAAGAGGAGGAGAGAGGACGAGUAGUGAGCAGGAGCUAAGGCGGAAACUGGAGAAGCUGAGCGAGAGGCUGAGCAAGCUCAACACAUACUCGUCUUGGUUAAAUAUAUUGACGCUCAUGUCUCUAACAUGGCAUUUUGUUUAUCUCGGACAGAGACUUGGCGCCGCUUGCUGAUCCAUACUUUUGCUGUCUGAAAGCCUAACUUGUUGUUGUUGUCUUUGUUCUUUCUCGGUAGCAGCAUGGUUUUGUGUUUUGUUGUCGGAUUCCAUGUGUGAUAUAUUUUGUAAUUAGGUCAUACUUUCACUUUUAUGUUAGAGUUUGUUUAAAUUUCAUCUUCGAUCGGAUAGCUAUUUUUUAAACCGUCG